AUGUCGAGGUGUGUAAAAUCUGUAACCUCUAGCUCUGUACGCAAGAAAAAUAAUCUCAGCAAGAGGACAACACGCCUUGAGAAUGACUUUGAAAAAUUGUUGGGUUCUGUCAACACUAUUGCUGGAGCCGACCGUAAGCGGAUGAGAACUACUAUGGACCUGAAGGAAUUCAAGAAGGUGGUAGGGAAAGAUAUAAACUUUAGUGGGACGACAGAUCCUACCGAGGCGGAGAAGUGGUUGAUGGGCAUUGAGAAAGAGUUUGAGGCUUUGCAAAUUCCGAAGGAGAAUAAGGUUAGACUUGCCACUUACCUGUUUGAGGGAGAUGCCGAACAUUGGUGGAGAUAUGUCAAGCGCAUGGAAGAUGUAAGCAACAUGUGCUGGGAGAAGUUUGUGGAGCUAUUUCUUAAUAAGUACUUUCCACCGACAGUUAAGGCACUUAAAUGCGUGGAAUUUGUUGCAUUGAAGCAAGGCAGUAUGACGGUUAUACAACUGGAUCAGAAAUUUAGUGAAUUUAAGUGUUAUGGAACACAUCUCGUCCCCAAUGUAGAAUUGAAAUCUCGCAAAUUUGAGGACGCAUUGAGGCCAUUCGUAACCAAGUUGUUGGACACCUGCACAUGA